AUGACCGUUGGCAUUGAACAACCCAAGCCUCGUUAUACCACUCGUGCCGUUGGCGACGACACGGCUGAACUGGAAGAGGAAUUGGCGAGAGCUACUACGCCCAUCCAUCGACGCCGUCUACAGAACCGCAUUGCCCAGAGGAAUCACAGAAAAAGAGUCCGUCUGGCCCAACAGCAACAGCGCGAACAGGAAGAAGAGGAACAGAGACAGCAGCAAGAGCAGCAAGAACCCAAGUCUCCAGAACGUCCAAUUUCCGACGUGGAAGGAGAGGGCCAGAUCAACGGCGCUAGUGAAAUACUUGACCCGAUGCCCUCCACCCCAAUGCGCCAUCCCGACGCGCACACCACUUCAACACGAGUCCAUCCAGGAAGCCCUGCCGGCUCCCGUAUGAGCAUCGACAAUAGCUUCGCACCUUCUCGAACCGAUUUCGACUUCAGCAUGCCCGUUGCGUCCGCCAAACCACCCACACCGAUAUCGUUAGACAGCGGAAGCAACAAGAGUUACAGGAACAGUGUGUCGGGCUCCUCGUUCUGCAUGUCCUGCGGCGCCGUAAACGAUGUGGUCGACACCAAUUCAUUCCUAGACACGAGCCGCCGCAUCCAGGACUGGCGGCCGGUAUCACCCAUCGACUUUGACGAUCACGUCGUCGACGCUCCCAGCUUCAUAUCGCUAUCCCAAACACAGAUGAACCCAGACCAACACCAGCCACCACCACAACAACAUCAACAACGACAACAAAACCACCAACAUCAAACCUGCCACCAGCACCAACACCACCACAACCACAACAACAACCACACCCACCAAUCCAUCUCCGCCCACGCAUCCCCCAAAACCACCACCAUCACCACCGCACACAUACCUUCCACCCGGCCCACCACCGCCGCCCCAGCACCGCCACCACCCGCACCCCAGCGCAACAACAACAACACCCACAUCGUGCAGUCCAAAGCCGGCACAGCGCACAAGUGGACGACGGCGCUGCACAUCGCGGCCGAGCGGGGCCACGAGAAGACGGUGCGCCUCCUCCUCGGCCCGCAGGGCGGCGCCAACGUCAACGAGAAGGACAGCCGCGGGUCGACGGCUCUGCACGUCGCGGCCGCCAACGGCGACGAGGCCAUGGUGCGGCUGCUGCUCGACUGUAACGCCGACGUGCACGCGGCCGACGAGCAGGGGUGGUCGGCGCUGCAUCGGGCGGCGGAGCGCGGGGAUGAGGGGGUGUUGUUGUUGCUGUUGGGGGCGAGGGGGGGUGGUGGUGGUGGUGGUGAGGGUGGGUAUUAG